CCAGGGAUGCCGUGCAGUUGAAAAGUGUUCCAGCAUCCACGCAAGCAUUGUCCCAUUUCGAGAGACAAAAAGAAUCCGACGCCGAUUGCAAGCACAGCCUAUCCUCCGACGCAACGCAACGCAACGCAACACAACACGACACAACACAACACGACACAACACACGACAUAUCACACCACACCAAAACACACCGCACGCACUACACCGUUGCAGAUCGGCAUGGCGACACUCAAAGGCCUGGCUUCUUCCGCCGUGCUCCGCACGAUGAGCCACCACGCAACACGGCAAGGGCUCCGUCCGACGGGGAGGCGGCGCCUCGCCUCUCUUCCGCUGGCCAACGCCGGUGCAUGUGCACGUACACGUGCAAAUGCCUCUGCCAGAGCGGGUCUGCGGCAACCGGGCCGACGGGCACUCUCCCCGGCGCCGACGCUGCUGCCCGCGCUCGCCGCCCGUUCCGACGACCAAGGCGCAAGCGCGUUCUCCGGCCUGGCGCUCCUGCUGCUCGGGGCCGUGUCCGCAGCCACCGAUUGCGAGGCUGCUAGCGGGAGCGACAUUAACAGCGACAUUAACAUCGACGACGACAACGACGACGGCCCCGAAUACACCUCGGAAGACGUCCGAGCGAACGACGGGAUGGACGGCAGGCCCGUCUGGAUGACCUACGGAGGAAGGGUCUUCGACGUGACGUCCUUCGUUCGGAACCACCCCGGCGGAGACCGCAUCCUGCUGGCGGCCGGCGGGCCCAUCGAGCCCCACUGGCACCUCUACCGGCAGCACUUUGCCUCGGACCUGCCCAUGCGGCUGCUGGAGCCCCUGGCGAUCGGCACGCUGCGCGAGAGCGACCAGGACGAGGUCGACGCCAAGAUGGAAGAGAUCGCGGAGCGCGAGCGGGACCCCUACGAGCUGGAACCGGAGCGGAGGGGGAUCGUCACCGACAAGGACGGCGCGGAAGACAGAAUGAAGGUCCAUUCCGACCAGCCGAUGAACGCGGAGGUCCCGGAACGCCUGCUCACCAGGAGCUACMUGACGCCGUCCUACCUCUUCUACAUGAGGCACCACCACCCGGUUCCCUACCUCUCCGAGAAACAGAUCGAGAACUACCGCCUCGAGAUCGACCUCUCGGAGUACGGAAAGGGCGUGGUACGCCUCUCCCUCGACGAUCUCAAGUCCCUGCCCAAGGAGGAAAUCGUCGCGACCAUGCAGUGCAGCGGGAACCGACGGAGCGAGUACAACGUCUUUGAGAAAACGAGCGGGACCACCUGGGGGCAGGGGGCCAUCUCCACCGCCAAGUGGGGCGGGGUCCGCCUCGGCGAGCUCCUCAAGAACGCCGGGAUGGGAGACCCCGUGGAGGCCCGCGAGAAGGGCGGCAUCGAGCACGUCCGCUUCGGCGCCAUCGACGGGAUGAAGGUCUCGAUCGGCAUCGAAAAGGCCACCAACCCGUACGGGGACGUCAUGGUCUGCUACGAGAUGAACGACGAGGAGCUCCCCCGGGACCACGGGUACCCCAUCCGGCUCAUCGUUCCGGGCUACGCGGGGGUCCGGAGCCUCAAGUGGCUCAACAAGAUCUCCAUCUCCAGGGAGGAGGCCGAGGGCCCCUGGCAGCGCGGGCUCAACUACAAGGUCCUCCCCCCCAACGUCCACGACGCGAACGAGGUGGACGUCGGAGGCAUGCCGGCCUGCAACGAGCUCAGCGUCUCCUCGGGGAUCACCACGGUGGAACCCGUCGGCCUCGGGUCCGCCCCGCAGCCCGGGGACGUCGUCUCCGUCAGGGUGGCGGGCUGGGCCUUUGCCGGCGGCGGACGGAACAUCGUCCGGGUGGACGUCACCGGAGACGUGGCGAACCACGACUGGAGGGCCGCCGAGCUCGGGGAGGGCAGGGACCAGCGGUACGGCCGGGGCUGGGCCUGGACCUUCUGGGGGGCCGAGAUCCCGGCCCGGGUCCAGGCCGACGGCUCGGUACACAUCUUCUGCAAGGGGGUCGACAUGGCCUUCAACAGCCAGCCGGAGAGCGCGGCGGACCAGUGGAACGUCCGGGGCCUGAUGAACAACAGCUGGUACCACAGAACCAUUUUGUUCAACAAGCAAUGAAUUGGCCACCGCAAAUCGCAAUCGCAAUCGCAACCGCAACAGAAGUACCAACAACAGCGACACAAACACCAACAUAAAUAACCACAAAAAUUAUAG